AUGAGCGGCAUCACUGCGAGUUCCCUCAGACGGGCAGCGUCUACGCUCACAAAAGACGCCGGCGAUAUCUCGUCAGUCUUCCCGAGCCUCAGCGGGAAGCCUCAAGAGCCACUUCCCGCCCGCUUUAGCGACCUGAAGAAACGUCUCAUAGCAGACAAGGAAGACGCAGUCAAAGCAUCAUGGCAUCGUCUACUCAAAGCAUUACGCACUGAGGUUGAUGAGAUCAAACAAAAGGGCAACAGCAUCAUCCCCAGUAUCGACUUCUCCGACAUCCAAUCCAACAACGUCUCCCACACCGCCACCUCCUCCAUAGCUCAUCGCGGCCUCGCCGUGAUCCGCAAUGUCGUCCCCCGCCAGGAAGCCCUGGACCUCAAGGCUCAAGCCCAAUCCUACAUCGCUGCCAACCAACCCAACGUCCGGGCCUUUCCCGCGGACGACCCAGCCGUCUACGAACUCUACUGGACGCCAACCCAAGUCCGCGCGCGUGCCCAUCCGCAUAUGCUCUCGACACAGCGCUUCCUCUCUUCCCUCUGGCACUCCUCGGAUCCCACCUCUCAGAUCUCAACGACCUACCCGCUGACCUACGCCGACCGCUUCCGCAUCCGGCGACCAGGCGACGCCAAAUUCGCUUUAGGCCCACACACCGACGGCGGCAGCGUCGAGCGAUGGGAGGACCCGGAGUAUAGCCGCGUAUACACCUCCAUCCUCUCAGGCAGGUGGGAGGAAUACGACCCCUUCGACGCACGCCAUCGCAUCAACGCGACGAUGGACAUGUACAACGGUCCCGGCGCGUGCUCUAUGUUUCGCUUGUUCCAGGGCUGGCUGAGCAUGUCCAGCACUGGUCCCGGUGAGGGCACGCUGAAAGUAUGCCCAUUGCUGCGCCACGCAACAGCGUACCUCAUCCUCCGCCCCUUCUUCGACCUGGAGACCAAUGAGCUGAAUCUCGACAAUUCCUUCCCAAACUCAGCGCUGGGCGCGGGGCAGGAGUAUGAUCCGAUCACGCAUCCUCAUUUGGAGCUCGAAUCCACGAUGAUCAAUGUGCCCAAGGUUGAGCCGGGAGAAUUCGUGGCCUGGCAUUGCGAUACAAUCCAUGCUGUCGACAAGGAACACCGCGGUGUAGGGGACAGUAGUGUGCUGUAUAUUCCGGCGUGCGCAAUAACGAAGUCGAACCUAGAGUUUCUGAAGCGGCAGAGGGAGGCGGCGUUGAGGUAUAGCCCGCCGCCGGAUUUUCCUGGGGCGGGUGGUGAUGGUGAGAAGGGAUUCAGGGGCGCAUUGGAGUGGGACAAGGAAGGCGAUGCUGAGGGGAAAAGAGCGAUGGGAAUGGGCGCGAAAAGGUGGGAAGUGACCGAGGCGAUGAGCGAGGGCGAAAGAAGGGUCGUGGAGGAGGGAAACAGGCUGCUUUUCGCGUGA